CGCUAUCCAAUAUCCCAGGUCAUAGAGGAACAAACUAGAGCGCAAGAUAUUGCCAUAAUUGGAAUGACUUGUCGCUUUCCCCAGACUGUAGAGAAUUUCGAAAGCUUUUGGUAUACUUUGAUUGCCGGGCGUUCGACGUCAACAGAUUUCCCCCUUAACAAGAUGGACGUCGAUGGUCAUUAUCAUCCAGAUUCAGAGUAUGGAGGCAGUAUAGCUUGUCGUGGAGGCCAUUUUUUGUCGGAGAAUGGUCGAUAUUUCGACGCGCCAUUCUUCGGCAUCACCGAGAGCGAGGCCAUGGCAAUGAAUCAGGCCGAGUUCUAA